ACUCCCCCUCGCGUCCCCUCUGCCCCCCAUCGCGUCCCCUCUCGCUCGCUACCUCGCCGCGCGGCGGAAACGCCACGCCAGGGGUGAGAUCCGCGCCGUCCUCCGCCGUCCUCGUCACCGCCCCGUCGCCUCCGAUCUCCACAGGGCGUGCGGAGGAGGAGGAGGAGGGGGCAGAGGGAGAUGGCGGCGGAGGAGGGGGCGAUGUCGCCGACGAGGAUGCUUGCGGAGGGGCACCUGCGGGUGGCCACCGGCGGGGGCGCGCCGGCGGACGGCGGGAUCGCCGUCAGACACCUCCCGCACCAUCACCCCACUAAGAAAGAUGGUGUUGGUGGGAAAACUGAACAAGACAAUCAUGAAGGUGUAGACUUUUUACCAUCUCAAGAGUUGAAAAAACUAGCUAAUGGGAAUAGCAAGAUUCCUGGUACAUUAGAUGACUAUAGAAAGCUUGUAGUUCCAAUAAUUGAGGAGUAUUUUAGUACAGGAGAUGUAGAAUUGGCAGCUUCUGAGCUAAGGGGUCUUGGAUCUGAUCAGUUUCAGCAUUACUUUGUGAAGAAGCUCAUAUCUAUGGCAAUGGAUCGUCAUGACAAAGAAAAAGAAAUGGCGUCAAUUCUGUUAUCUUCUUUGUAUGCUGAUCUACUGAGCUCCUACACAAUCAGUCAAGGUUUUAUGAUGCUUCUGGAAUCUACAGAAGAUCUGACUGUUGAUAUACCAGAUGCUACUGAUGUCUUGGCUGUUUUUAUUGCACGGGCUAUUGUUGAUGAAAUUUUACCUCCUAUUUUCCUCACUCGGGCUAGAGCACUACUUCCAGAAUUUUCCAAGGGCAUUCAAGUUCUGCAGGUUGUUGAAAAGAGCUAUUUGUCAGCUCCCCACCAUGCAGAGUUGGUCGAACGCAAAUGGGGUGGAAGCACACACUUUACUGUAGAAGAAGCAAAAAGGAGGAUUCAGAAUAUUCUCAGAGAGUAUAUUGAGAGUGGAGACAUAGAUGAAGCCUUUAGGUGUAUAAGAGAGCUUAGCCUUCCGUUUUUCCAUCAUGAGGUUGUGAAGCGUGCUCUCACCUUCGCUAUGGAGAACAUAUCCUCGCAGCCAUUAAUCCUUAAGUUAUUGAAGGAGGCUGCUGCAGGUUGCUUGAUCAGUCCUAAUCAAAUCUCAAAGGGUUUUUCUCGACUAGCUGAGGGUGUUGAUGACCUGAGUCUUGAUAUUCCUUCUGCUAAAGCUCUUUUUGACAAGCUGGUUUCAACAGCUAUGGCUGAAGGAUGGCUUGAUGCUUCUUUUGGUAAAUCUGCUGCCCCUGACGAAGAGAUGCAAAAUACAAGUGCUGUAAAGAUGAAGCAUUUUAAAGAAGAAUCUGCCCACAUAAUUCAUGAGUAUUUUCUCUCAGACGAUGUCCCAGAACUUAUUCGAAGCCUUGAAGAGCUCUCUGCUCCAGAAUUCAAUCCCAUUUUCCUCAAGAAGCUUGUCACACUUGCUAUGGACAGAAAGAGUAGAGAGAAGGAGAUGGCCUCUGUACUCCUUUCUUCACUGAGAUUAGAAUUGUUUUCGACUGAAGAUAUCAUGAAGGGGUUCAUAAUGCUCUUGCAGUCAGCAGAAGACACUGCCCUUGACAUUGUCGAUGCUCCAAGUGAACUUGCCCUCUUCCUAGCUAGGGCAGUGAUUGAUGAAGUAUUAAUUCCGCUGAAUUUGGAUGAAAUCAGCAUUAAGCUUCGCCCGAACAGCAGUGGUAGCCAAACUGUCCAGAUGGCCCGUGCGCUACUGUCAGCUCGCCACUCUGGUGAGCGGAUACUGCGGUGCUGGGGUGGUGGCACUGGAUGGGCUGUGGAAGAUGCCAAGGACAAGAUCACUAAGCUCUUGGAGGAAUACAACACAGGUGGUGACCUGGGAGAAGCCUGCAGAUGCAUCCGUGAUCUUGGGAUGCCCUUCUUCAACCAUGAGGUGGUAAAGAAGGCACUAGUCAUGGCGAUGGAGAAGCAGAAUGACACCAGCAUCUUGGCCCUGCUGCAGGAGUGUUUUGGCGAGGGGCUGAUAACCAUCAACCAGAUGACCAAAGGCUUUGCCCGUGUCAAGGAAGGCCUUGAUGAUCUCGUCCUCGACAUCCCGAAUGCCCAGGAGAAGUUUGGAGAGUAUGUGGAGCUUGCAACAGAGCACGGCUGGCUGCUGCCAACCUUCGAAUCCAUUCCCUGAGCUUCACUACUGGCGAUACCUUCCCUGUGUGUACAUUUGUGCCCAUGAUGUCAUUAGCUCCAUACCAAAGUUUUCCUGUUAUUAGUUUACUUAUGUUACUGUAUACUGGAGGAUUGUAGGAUGGAUGUGGUGUCCCUUGUUGAGAUAGUGUUCUAUUGGUCUGGUCUGGGAGGGUACUUUUGAGAGUUAAAAGAAUAAAACCAUUUCGUUUCAGGUUAUGAGAUGUAUCCCGUAACCUUUGGUAUUUUUGUAACUAGCUCCGCAUGGUUUCUGGUUAUCUGGGCAUCUGCCCUUUCAGCAAUGCUGCUCGUUUUCA